CGCUCACAGUCCAGCACGGUCGGGAGAGGAGGAGGAGGAGGAGUUAGUUCUGUCAGAAAGCUCCAGUUCUCCUCCAGUUCUCCUCCAGCAGCCACGGGAGGUGAGGAGAGGAAGAGCGGGACGGGAACAGACGCUGCAGACGCACGUUCAGUGGAGUUUCUUUCUCCCAUGGUCUCCGCUUUACUCUCUCAACAAACUGCUGUUAAACCAGGAGAAGCAGGAUGUGGGGGACCCUUCUCUACGGCUGCACCGGUGGAGCGGCUCUUCUCUAUGUGCUGUACAGAUGGCUGAUCCCCACGGCCGCGCAGUACCACGCAGGAGUGGCGCUCCUGUGGUACGACGUCAUCCUGGAACCACUACUGGACACCCUGAGCCAGUCCACGCGUCCACAGCGGAUCCUGGCUGCAGUUCAGAAGAACGCCACCAGAGGGAACCCUCGCAGCGUGGUGGCAGCCAUCGACCACUUCUGCAGACAGAAGGAGUGGGCCAUGAAUGUGGGGGAUGAGAAAGGACUCAUUCUGGACUCCAUCGUGACUGAGACCAACCCGUCCUCCGUGCUGGAGCUGGGCACCUACUGCGGCUACUCCUCGGUGCGGAUCGCCAGCCUGCUGCCCCCUCACGCCAAGAUCAUCACUCUUGAGUUUAACCCAGCCAACGCUGUGAUAGCUCGCCAGGUCAUCGCCUGGGCCGGAGUGGAGGACAAGGUCCAGUUAGUUGAAGGACCGUCUGGUGACUGGAUCCCCAAAAUGAAGGAGCAGUUUGGGGUGAAGACAUUUGAUUUGGUUUUCUUGGAUCACUGGAAAGAUCGCUAUCUGCCCGACACCAAGCUGAUGGAGGAGUGCGGCCUCCUGAGGAAAGGCAGCAUCCUGCUGGCUGAUAAUGUCAUCUGCCCGGGAACCCCCGAGUACCUUGAGUACAUCCGUAACAACCCUCGCUAUGAAAGCCGAUACUUCAAAUCCCACCUGGAGUACACCAAAGUGGAGGAUGGUUUGGAGAAAUCAGUCUUCUUAGGCUAGGGUUUCCAGGAACGUGUCCCACACAGGUCACACCGUUAAAGCCCUCACCUCCACUGUUUUACAAG